UAUUCUCUCGCCUUCGAGUUUUUCCCUUUCUCGCACCGGAUCAGUCAAGUCGUCAGUUCACUCUUUAUAUCUAUCGAGAGAGAGGGAGAGAAGCAAAACUAAUUGCAGAUAGAGAACGAAAGAAAAUGUCCACUCUCACCGUUCCGGCGCAAGUCCCCUCCGCCACCGAAGACAUCGAGCAACUCCACAAAGCCUUCGCAGGAUGGGGAACUAAUGAAGAAUUAAUCAUAUCCAUAUUGGCACAUAGAAAUGCUGCUCAGCGCAAGUUGAUACGACAAACUUAUGCUGAAACUUACAAAGAAGAUCUCCUUAAAGCACUUGACAAAGAACUUACAGAUGACUUUGAGAGGCUGGUAGUGAUCUGGACCCUUGAUCCUGCUGAACGCGAUGCAUAUUUGGCCAAUGAAGCAACAAAGAAGUGGACUGCAAGCAACCAGGUUCUGGUGGAAAUAGCUUGUGCAAGGUCUCCACAGGAACUACUUCAUGCAAGGCAAGCUUAUCAUGCUCGCUAUAAGAAAUCUCUUGAAGAAGAUGUUGCACAGCACACAACUGGGGACUUCCGCAAGCUUUUGUUACCUCUUGUGUGCUCAUAUCGCUAUGGUGGGGAAGAGGUGAACAUGACCCUUGCAAAAAAUGAGGCCAAGAUACUCCAUGAGAGCAUCUCUAAGAAGGCUUACGGUGAUGAGGAUCUCAUCAGAAUUUUGGCUACAAGGAGCAAAGCACAGAUCAACGCAACUCUCAACCGCUACAGAGACGCAUUUGGGCAUGACAUAAUCAAGGACUUGGAAGGUGAUCCCAAAGAUGAGUUCCUCUCGAUUCUGAGAGCAACAGUGGAGUGCUUGACCUAUCCUGAGAAGUACUUUGAGAGGAUUCUUCGCCUGGCAAUAAACAAGCAAGGAACUGACGAAUGGGCUGUCACUAGAGUAGUUGCAACAAGAGCCGAGGUCGACUUGAAGAUCAUAAAAGACGAGUACUGCAGGAGGAACAGUGUCCCUUUGGAUCGUGCCAUCGCCAAGGACACCGGUGGAGACUAUGAGAAAAUGCUCCUUGCCCUGGUAGGACAUGGGGAUGCUUAAGAAGCAGUUGUGCUGCUUCGUUCAGUUUCCUUGUGAUUAUUGUGGCUGUCUAUUGCUUGAGUGUUAUCCUUUUGGUUGUGUGAGUUCUGAGUUGUUCGCCUUUGUUUUUGUUAUCCACCUCCUGAAUUAAGAACAGUAAGAAGCCAUAAAUAUCAUAAAUAAUGUCAAUUUUAUAUGCUAGAAUUCUCUCUUUCCGUA